ACCGGGAUCACCCUGGUCAGAGGACAAGACGACGCGCAAACCACGAUCGCACAGCCCACGGCAGCGAAGAGAACGGGGCGCGAGCGACGAUGCUGCGCGCGUCAAACGUAUCGAUCGCCCACGUGCGCGUUAAAAGGCCGACGAGCUUGUAUGUCGCGUCGCGCGGCGGCGGGGAGUUUUGAAAAUUGCACUCGGCGCCAGCAACCCUCCCUCGAGAGCGGCUCUUGUGGCUUUUAAUUGGUCGGCCGAGAGUGCACUUGCGCCGCUCUCCCGGACGGCUUCGUCGAAAGGAGCAACCUCGCGAUCUCACGAUUAGCCCGUUAAUCAAGCACCACGGCCCCGCUCCUCGUAUCGCGCCCUCGUCAUUUGCCGGCCAACGGCAUUUGAUUUCGACGCCUAGUACGCGCCAAAGUCCGUAAGAAACGCCGCGACGGCGUGAAUGGAAUCUCAUAACGGGGGGCUCCACGCGCCACCCAAAUAAUCGCCGUGAUCAGCCGGCAGUCGUGCCCCUCGAAAGUCGCGCGCGAAACCGACAGAGAGACGAGAAGACGGCCGCGCGAGGGAAAGGGAACGAGGCAGUGGUGGGAUUCCGAAUGCCGAGGUACGAAACGCAAUUCUCUCUCUCGCUCUCUCUUUCUCCGUCGCUCUCUAUGCCGAGUCUUGGCUCACGCCACUCGUCGCUCGACUCGCGCGCGCGCUGCAGUGCGUGCGACAGUUGCGCUGCACCGGUGUAUCUGCGUCGACCGCGGCCGGGAUGCCGACCUGCACGUGUGCAAUCGCCGAGCGGCGUGCCGAGUACGAGGAGAAUCACGUGUGCGAGCUGAAGCCCCCGCUCGAGCCAGGCUCGGCUGCGCGCGACGGCGCCGACGUCGCCGACGCCGACGAGGACACCGACGUCGAGAUCCGCGACACCGCCGUCAGGUAUACGGAUGGCUCGGUGCGACUGCGUAACUCCAACAUCGAGCUCAUGGACCAGGACAUUCUGUAUCACUUGGCACUGGGCAGCGGAUCCCAUGACCUUGUCGAGAUGUUCGGAGACCUCAAGUUCGUGUGCAUGGGCGGCACGCCGAAGCGCAUGGAGCAGUUCGCCUUCUACAUCAUGGAGGAGAUAGGCCACAAGCUGCCCGCCGGCACCACCCUGCUGGACAUCAGCCAGUACUCGUACCGCUACUCCAUGUACAAGGUCGGGCCCGUGCUCUGCGUCAGCCACGGCAUGGGCAUCCCGUCGAUCGGCAUCCUCCUGCACGAGGUGAUCAAGCUGAUGUACCACUCCAAGGUAAAGAACCCGGUGUUCUUCAGGAUCGGCACCUGCGGCGGCGUCGGCGUCGAGGGCGGCACCGUGGUCAUAUCCGAGGAGGCGGUCGACGACAUGCUCAAUCCGUACUACGAGCAGCAUAUCCUCGGCGAGAAGGUCUGCCGGCCGACCAAGCUGGACAAGCAGCUCGUGCGCGAGCUGCAGGCGCUGGCGCACGCCGACGACCCGUACGACACCGUGACCGGCCGGACCAUGUGCACGUCCGACUUCUACGAGGGCCAGGGCCGGCUGGAUGGCGCCUUCUGCGACUUCAGCGAGUGCGAGAAGAACGCCUACCUGGCCCAGCUGCAGGCGGCCGGCGUCGUCAACAUCGAGAUGGAGUCCACGGUCUUCGCCGCGCUCACCCACCACGCCGGCAUCAAGGCCGCCAUCGUGUGCGUGGCGCUGCUCGACCGAUUCAAGGGCGACCAGGUGUGCGCGCCGAAGGAGGUGCUGCACGAGUGGCAGAUGCGCCCGCAGAUACUGGUCUCCCGCUACAUCCGACGCCGCCUGCAGCGCAAGGGCCAGCUGCACCUGAGCGAGAGCCACGGCUCGAUGUGCGUCAAGAGCCCGCGGCGCUUCAAGCUCGUCCAGCAGGAGUCGGAGAACUACGAGUAGAGCCCCGAGCGCGGCUCGCCGAGGCGCGGCUCCGCUUGCUCCGCUUGCUCCGCUUUCCGUUCCCGCUGCCCUCGCCGUCGCCCCGAGCGGUUCGCUGGCCGCGCUUUGGCUCGGCUCGCCGUCUGCUAGAGGUCGGAGCGCCAAGAUCAAUAGCAGGCCGCGCUCGCCGCUCCUCGGCGAUCGAACGGGCAUCUUAUUGUUAAAGCGGCGCGAAGCGCUCCGAGCCGGGCUGGGCACGGUCGAGCGCGGGGCUGCUACGACCGGCCCGAUCGUGCCCGGCUCCGACUCCGCGCCGCGGUAUCUUGUCUCGGCGGCUUUUCCUCUCGUCCCGAUCGUCGCGGCGAAGCCGCCCCCGUUCGAUUUCGGUUGACGUUACUUGGCGCAAGCGGCACCGAGACGACAAGUCACUCGAGCGUACGCUCGGUCGCUUCGGACACCGCUCUUCUCUCGUACAGAUAUAUCCUCGCCGAGAAAUUCGAACGAUCACGGCCGAUUGCGGCCGAACCUCCCGGCGCCGCUCGUUUGCUUUGCCCCGCGUCUCUCGUGCCGACGUCGCGAGCGCUAGAUAACGGUGUAUCGAAAUAUGUACAAAUCACGCAUUUUACCUAAGCACAACAUGCAUUCUUUUUAUACGUUAUAUAUAUAUAUGUGUCUUUCCGGAAAUUCCAGGACGCUAUUUUUCAACGGCAUAUCAAAAUCUCGAAAUUCUAAUGGCACUGCAACUGAUCUUCUAAAAUCGAAUCAAGUCGCAAUGGAGCGUAGCUUAGCACAAGUUUACAAGUAAAUUGUGUUCGUACAAGCGGCGUGUGCGCCGAGGCACGACGCAUUCGACGCGUUUUUUCGUUGAUUCAUGAUUCGAGGGACAACGGGUUCACACUUACAACAAGAAUGCCAAGUGCAGCAAUACAGUUCUUAGAAAAAUAAAGAAACAAAUGUAACAAACUUUAUCACUUUUGAAAGCUAUAUUAUAAAUGUUACGUAUUAAAGGCUGUUUCGAAUAUAUUAUACAUUUACCGUUACAAGCGAUUGAAGUUGGAAAACUUUGUUAAAACCGAGCAGUUUUAAAAUAUAAACGAGACGCCGAAAAUAUUGUAAAUCGAGUAGUAGAAAAAAGCAUUGUUGAUUAAGAGUGUACUUAAUUCAUUAUCGAAUAAGGUGUAUCUUCGGUGUUACGGUGAUCAAACGUAGCGAAAAAGAUAAGCAAAAAUGUCGCGGAACUACGACAGUCGUUGAUCCACGAAAAAAAAAAAAAAAAAAAAAAAAAAAAUAA